GGGGACAUCAACCAGCUGGAAAAGUGUUUGCUUCAAAAAGUGCGGCGUAAAGACACAAAGUGAGUGCUAAGACUUGUUUUGUUAAAUCCAUUAGUGGAGGCUGCUGGCUGUGCAGCAUAAAUGGAGAUUAUAGAGAUUAGACUUUAAUGCCAUGAGACACCUUCCACUGUCUUAACACUGAUCCUCACCCCCCCUCUUCCACUGCUUCAUCUAAUCUCAUCCACUCGCUCUUUCGACUCAUCGCCUGCUGCCAUGAAGACGCCUGUUGUCCUGCUGCUGCUCCUCUCUCUGGCUGCCCACAGUGCAUGUCUUUGGAAGUGGGAGGAAGCCAGAGUACCCGGAGGGAACCCACGCAUUCAUGGGGAGAACAUGCAAACUCCACACAGAAAGAUCCCGAGCCUGGAUUUGAACCCAGGACUGCAGGACCUUCGUAUUGCUCCGCCCUCAGAUGCCACACGUGCGCCGCAUCCAGCGAGGAAGACUGCAACAAACAAGGCUCGGCCUCCUGCCCGCAGUACGCCGACGCCUGCGCCACCAUCACCGGACCGCACACGGUACUCAAGUCGUGCAGCUAUAAGGAUUUCUGCGACAAAGCUCAGGGCAGCACCUCUGGAGCUAAGAUGGAGUGUUGCCAUGGCGACAACUGUAACGGCCCACAUAGGAGCCACAGUCACGGGGACCAGAAUGGCAACAGCACAACAGCUGUGACCAGCAGCCCCGCCCUGAUGCUCGCCAUCCUGCUGCCGCUGCGUUUAGCCUUCAGUCACUUCUAGACACUUCUUUUUGGGAGAAGAUCAGCUAUCACCUCUUUUUUUUUUUUUGCUACAGCCUCGCACGCCACUGAGUUUUUUACUACCACAACCAUCCUUGUGUCAAGGGUGUCCAAACUUUUUCCACUGAAAACUCAAGGUAUGCCAGGGCCAUUUUAAUAUUUUUCAUUUUCUAACCAAUACAAUAUAUGUAUAUAAAUACAUAUAUAUGUUUGUUUUUUGUUGUUUUUUUACCGUGGGGGCUUCCCUCUCGUUUGUCCCAGGGACCCAUAAGGGUCUCGGUUAUAAAAUAAAACAAAAGUAAGUCAUACAUAUGUAUAUAUUUUAAUUAUUUUCAUCCAACACUCAAAUCUCUAGAUCAUCUUUGGGUAUAUUUGUCAAUAAAUUGUCUAUUUUUUAGGCUUUUUUGUCACGGUAAACUGUAUUUUAUGGCAAAAACACAAAAUAUGGAAUAUUCCCCCCAGCCCACCAAAAAAUUCAAAGUGAAAUAUUUGAAGUAAUUGAAACCUUAAAAAGGUCAAUAACUCACACCACCAUAGAUAUUUAAUUCAUUAUUUAUACCAAUGAGAGUUAAAAAAAAACAACAAUGAAAUUAUUGGGGAUCCAAAAGUGCUAAAAAAAAAAGUCACACUUGUUUUUUUAAACUAUCAACACUAAAGUGUCUAGAUCAACUUUAGAUCUAUCCGUCGAUUAUAAGGUUUUAUUAUUUUUUAAAUGUUUUUGUUUGUUUUAUGUCCUUUUUUUCCAAAGGAAAAACAUUUGUAAUGUGGCAAACAAACAAAACAUGCAAUAUUUUCCUUCAAAAAAUAUUUCAAAGUGGAAUAUUUGGUGUGCAGUAAUUAGAGCCUUGAAUAGGCUAAUAAUUCAUAACAUUGUUUUUAAUUUAUUUUUUUGAGCAAUAACAGCUAAUAAAUAAAAAACAGCCUGCAUCGAAUUGUUAUGUUAAUAUUGUUGGUAACACUUUAGUAUGGAGAACAUAUGAACCAUUUAUUAGUUGGUUAUUAACAUAGGUUUAGGGUUGAGGUUGGGGUUAGGGUAAGGGUUGGGGUCAGGUUUAGGUUGAGGUUAGGGUCAGGGUCAGGUUUAAGCUUAGGGUUGAGGUUAGGGUUAGGGAAGACUCUUAGUUAAUGGCUUACUGGUUGUAUAAUAAGGCAAUGCAGAAUAAGGAAUUAAUAACUACUUAAUAAUGACUACUUAAGAGCCAAUAUGGUACUAAUUUGCAUGUUAAUUAGCAACUAAUUAAUGAUGAAUAUGUUCCCCAUACUAAAGGGUUAACAGAUUAUCAAAUAUUUUUCUCGUUAUAAUUCACAUGUAUGUUUUAAAAAAUAAUUUUUUAGGGUGUGCCUCGGGUCGUUAAAAAAUUAGGGCCGCACUUUCGACACCCCUGAUGUGUUAGAAUGAACUGUUCUACCAUUGGUGAUGCAUUCAAGGUGUGUGGUUUAUAUACAAGCAGUGUUAUUUCCACAUCCCAAACUUGCUUUAUUCAUGUGCAACUUAAAAAAAAAAAAAAGUAUGUGGCAAACUUGGUGACACAAUUGGCGUAUCACUGCUCGUCUGCACCAAACUGAAGCAGAUUGAGUCUAAUGCCAGCCAAAAAUGUAAAAAAAAUAAUAUUUUAACGGUGGACAUUCAUCCACGAAAAUAAAAAUAUGAAGAAGCUGUUGAUGGUGUGUUUGACAGAGUUGCAGCUAGAAUGAGCUACCGUAAAAGUCCACUCUCCAAGGUAAAUAAAUGUACAUUAUUAUAACAGAACUACUGUAGUUGGUAGCGGUACAUUAUAUUGUUUUGUUUUUGAAUAACAUUAUCUAAAAGCUAGUUUUUAUUUCUAAAUACAUGUUACAUGUUAAAUUGUGAUGUUAUGUUUCAAAUGUAUUUAAAUUAAUUUUAAUUGAAGACGUUGAUCUGAGAUACAUGUGUUUUGAGUAAAGAACCAAUUAAGCUCCUAAAUUGAGGUGAUAUUGGGCUUUUCCAAUAAUUAGAGGUUGGUAACAUAAUGUAAAAAAAAUAUUGUAAUUUAGGAAAAUGUGUAUAUUGUGAAGGGCAACGUUUGAAUAAUUCAUAAUAAUUAAUCAUAUGAACCUUUGAAAGGAAUUGGUAUAUUUACAAAAAAUUUAAUUUGAUAUUGUACAAAUAAUACAAAUAAUAUUUACAUCAUAAUAAGAUUAAUAAUAAUGAAUAUUAUCCAUAUUCGUUUAUCAAAAUUUAAUGUUUGUUUCUUUUUCAAAACUGUAUUCCCUUGGAUGAUAUUUUACAGCCUUUUAGUGGCUAAGAUGAUUAUUAUUGGAUUCAUUCACAAAUGUCUUGUUUUGCAAAGGAUGUGUUGACAACUUGUCGCUGGUAAAGAUUGAUUUAAUGUGUUGUUUGUCAAUAUUGCUGUUAUUCUAACUGUUAACCGCUUCAAUUGUUGAUAUUUAUUUCCUGUCCACAUGACUGAAUAAAGUACAUAACACACCCAUACGACAUGA